AUGGUACCCUCAACCUCGGGACCCUUAACAGGGACCCUCAACCACAGGACCCUCAACCACGGGACCCUCAACCACAGGACACCUAACCAUGGGGCCCUCAACCACAGGACCCGUAACCACAGGGACCUCAACCACAGGACCAUCAAGGGAAUCCCAGAGAUUUCUCGCAAAAUUCUAAAACCAAAUAGUGGGUACAUACCUAAAAGUAGAGCUAUGCAAAUUCUGUUUAACAUUGUAAGGGGUGUCAGAUGGAAGAGCCUAAUGAGAGAAGAACUGGUCUCAGCCAAGAGCAAAGAAGUUGAAGAGGAGGGCACGGCGCUCAGCCGUAUGCAGGAUGAAGACGCAGCACAACUUCGUAAUCAUCAGUUGAGGGGAGAAAAGCAAGGACGAAGAGUCUACGAUGAUGUCAAGGUUUCCAGUGGAAAUGAUCAGUGUGAGGUCGGGGCCACCGAUCAGUCCUGA